UUCUUUCUUUUUCUUUUUUUUUUUUUUAAGGCCACAGCUCAACACCAGCCACAGAUUACACAUUCUGCUCACACGCAGGCACGGAAGCAGAAAGGAGAGACGCAGAAGCGAAAGAUUUUGCGCGCAAGCCAGGCAGAAGAUUGCUGGAUCUAUUCGUGCUCAUUGAAGCAUUUUUUUUGCUUUUGCCUCCACUGCAAAGUUGAAGACUCCAGUCGCGUCACUGGUCGUCUGCGGUGAUAACUUUGCGCACCUGUGGAUGCCGCAAACGCCUGCUUGAUGCUCGGACUCCAGUCGUUGAUACAUCGCGGCUUCUUCACUUGAUAUCCAGUCAUCCAUCCAUCCAUCCAUCCAUCCAUUCCACGCCUGCACCAUGCUACCGAGUGUAGCUCUCCUGGUGCUGCUCUUCGUCCCAAGCUGCGUUGCGUCGUACGUGCCGUGCGAGCCGUGCGACCAGAAGGCCCGUUCCAUGUGCCCGCCGGUGCCGGUGGGUUGUCAAGCGGUGAAGGAGCCCGGCUGCGGAUGCUGCCUGACGUGCGCGCUGGAGGACGGCCAGUCUUGCGGCGUGUACACGGGGCCGUGUACACGCGGGCUGCGAUGCCUUCCCAAAAACGGCGAGGAGAAGCCUCUGCACGCCCUCCUGCACGGCCGCGGCGUUUGCAGAAACGAGAAGUUGUACAAACUGCUGCAGCCUUCCAAAGAUUCCAUGAUGCCCCAAACCAAGGUGCCCAUUUAUGGACGGGACCACAUCAGCAGUCGGAAGGCCCAGGCGAUGAAGCAGGCUAAGGAUCGCAAAAAGCAGCUAGCCAGGGUGGGACCUAAUAGCAACUUGGACUUCCCUCUGCACGGCCUGGAGAAAUUGGAGCCUCAGUUUGGGCCCUGCAGGAGACGUCUGGAUCACCUCGUCCAAAGCAUGAAGGACACGUCUCGGGUCUUGGCUCUAUCUUUGUACAUCCCCAACUGUGACAAAAAAGGUUUCUUCAAGCGCAAACAGUGCAAACCAUCCCGCGGCCGCAGGAGGGGGAUAUGUUGGUGCGUGGAUCGCUUCGGUGCCAAGAUCCCAGGCAUAAACUACGCCGGUGGUGACUUGCAGUGCAAAGACUUGGACAGCAGCAGCAACAGGAACGAGUGAGGUUGAAGUUUUGCCGUCACACGUGAUGAGUGCCAACUCGCAGUCUGAUUUGUCACCGUGUGGUCGUCGUGAUGGACUGUUCUGGCUUUAAAAGGGAAACAAACUGCUUGUACAUACUCUAACUGUGGUUUUAAACGGACUGUGUGUGUGUGCGUGAUAACUCCUUGAUGUGGUCACCAUUAGCAAACAUAAGCGGGAUGAUUUCCAUGAUUUCUUUAUUUUGGGGCUUUUAAUGUUUUUGUUUUUGCUUAUAUGCGCCAAGCACCCUUACUAGGAUCAAGCAAAAUGAUACGUUGCUAUUUCCAAAUGAUGAAUUAUAAAGAUAGAUAAAUAUGUCCUCGUAAAAUGUGGUGGCAGAAAGGAAAGCGGACCUUAGACCAGCUAAAAGCAGGUCUAAUUUGUGGCGCAGGUGGUUUAUUUUGCGUGUCUGUGCCGUGUCCUUCGAAAAAAAAGCUCAUCUUUUGGGACCUGCAUGAAAAUGAUAUGUAAAGGCCUGGUGUGGUAUGUAUGCAUUCGUCUGUGAGUUGAAGCAAAUCCACCUGGCUGCACUGAGUUCGUAUGGAAAUCUAAGUGCCUUUGGCCACAUGGCAAUUUGCAUGGCGCUUGGGGUAGGUGAAUCCAAGGUGGAGAUUGAUAGAUGGUGAACGAUUUGAUCAGAGACGGCGCUACAAAGCCCCCCGUUAAGCCUGUCAAGCAGUUUAUCUGAUUAACGUAUUGAUAUAUUAUUUUCUCAUAUCGGGCAAGCACCCGGGGAGAGAAAUAAUCCUGGAGUUGCUGAUCCUGGGUUUGAGUGGAUGUUUUUUUUUUCCCCUCAUCACCUUCUUUGUGUUUAUUUUAUGACAAUGCAUCAUGCCUCGCCCCUCCCGUCCAUCGAUUCAGGCGUGCGUACAAUGUGGCAAAUAAAAGAAAUUGACUAUGAUGUGAACAUGGUAAAAAUAUUUAUCACUUGUGUCGUUCAUGUACUCGGUUUUUGUAAGACAAAUCACUAUUUAAUUAAAGAACCUGUACUCUGGAA